AUGGUGAAUCUAUCAUCUUGCCUCUUACUUUUUUUGCUAUCAUUGCAUUGUUUUGUGGCUAGCUUAGCUACGUAUACAAAAAACAUCACAACAGAUCAAUAUGCUCUCCUAGCAUUCAAAUCACUAAUUACUUCAGACCCCUAUGAUAUUUUGUCUAAUAAUUGGUCAACUACAUCUUAUGUAUGUAGUUGGGUUGGUGUCACUUGUGAUGAGCGACACAAUAGAGUCAACAGUUUGAAAAUAUCAAACAUGAGACUUGGAGGCACUAUUUCUCCAAACCUGGGGAAUUUGUCGUUCCUUGUUAUACUUAACCUCUCCCACAAUAGUUUCAGUGGUCAGUUUCCUAAAGAGAUAUAUCGGUUGCAUCGAUUGAAGGUUAUUUCUAUCUCCUUUAAUGAGUUUGAAGGAGGAAUUCCUGAAGUGUUGGGGGACUUAUCACGACUUCAAAUUUUGAAACUUGGCGCUAACAAUUUUAGUGGUUUUCCUCCCCAAUCUAUUGGUAAUCUUCGCCAGUUAAAAAGUUUGGAUAUUAGUCAGAACAUGUUGUCUGGACCCAUACCUCAAACAAUUUCAAACAUGUCUUCACUUGAAUAUCUUGGUUUACAGUAUAACUACUUUUCAGGUACGAUUCCCAAGGAGAUUGGUUAUCUUGAUAAACUUGAGCGACUAUUAUUGUUUAACAAUAGGUUAAGUGGAUCUAUUCCUUCCAAAAUCUUGAACAUGUCAUCACUCACUGCUUUAGUGGUUGAUCAUAAUAGUCUCUCAGGCCCACUUCCAUCAAAUACGGGAUAUAGCCUUCCUAGUUUGCAAUAUCUAUACUUGAAUGAAAACAAUUUUGUUGGAAAUAUUCCAAAUAACAUAUUCAACUCUUCUAAUCUGAUUGAUUUUCAAUUGUAUGACAACGCAUUCAGUGGAACUCUACCCAAUAUUGCUUUUGGAAAUUUAAGAUUCCUUGAAUUCUUUCUCAUAUAUGACAACAAUUUGACAAUAGAUGAUUCUCAUCAAUUCUUUACUUCCUUGACAAAUUGUAGAUAUUUGAAGUAUCUAGACUUAUCAGGUAAUCAUAUACCCAAUCUUCCUAAGUCAAUUGGAAACAUAACUUCAGAAUACAUCAGGGCAGAAUCAUGUGGAAUUGGUGGUUAUAUUCCCCUAGAAGUUGGAAACAUGAGCAACUUGCUAUUUUUUGAUAUGUAUGACAAUAAUAUAAAUGGACCAAUACCUCGUUCAGUCAAAGGGUUACAGAAACUUCAACAUUUGAGUCUUAGCAAGAAUGGACUACAAGGAUCAUUUAUUGAAGAGUUUUGUGAAAUGAAGAGUUUGGGUGAGUUGUAUCUAAACAAUAACAAGCUCUCUGGAGUUUUACCAACAUGUUUGGGAAAUAUGAGUUCUAUUAUAAGGUUAUACAUAGGAUCUAACAGUCUGAACUCUAAGAUACCUUCCUCUCUUUGGAGUGUCAUAGAUAUCUUACAGGUAGAUUUGUCCUCUAAUGCGUUCAUCGGUAAUCUGCCACCUGAGAUUGGGAAUUUGAGAGCAAUUAUACUAUUAGACCUAUCAAGAAAUCAGAUUUCAAGCAACAUUCCAACAACCAUCAGUCCCUUACAAACAUUGCAGAAGCUCUCCUUAGCAGAUAAUAAACUGAAUGGAUCAAUUCCUGAAUCACUUGGUCAAAUGAUAAGCUUGAUCUCUUUGGACUUGUCCCAAAAUAUGUUAACUGGUGCUAUUCCAAAAUCCUUAGAAUCACUUGUGUAUCUCCAAAACAUCAACUUCUCAUAUAAUAGAUUACAAGGAGAGAUUCCUGAUGAUGGACAUUUCAAAAAUUUCACAGCUCAAUCAUUUAUGCAUAAUGAUGCACUUUGCGGAGAUCCUCACUUCCAAGUACCUACAUGUAGUAAGCAAGUUAAGAAAUGGUCAAUGGAAAAAAAGCUUAUAUUGAAAUACAUACUUCCCAUAGUUGUGUCAGCCAUUUUGGUUGUUGCUUGCAUCAUAGUUUUAAAACAUAAUAAAACGAGAAAGAAUGAAAAUACUCUUGGAAGGGGUUUGUCAACUUUGGGAGCUCCAAGAAGAAUAUCAUAUUAUGAACUUGUGCAAGCAACAAAUGGAUUCAAUGAGAGUAAUUUCCUUGGAAGGGGAGCAUUUGGAUCUGUUUAUCAGGGCAAGCUUCUUGAUGGUGAAAUGAUUGCCGUUAAAGUAAUUGAUUUGCAAUCAGAGGCAAAAUCAAAGAGCUUUGAUGCAGAAUGCAAUGCGAUGAGAAAUCUACGACAUCGGAAUUUGGUAAAGAUUAUCAGCAGUUGCUCAAAUCUUGAUUUCAAAUCAUUGGUGAUGGAGUUCAUGUCAAAUGGAAGUGUAGAAAAAUGGUUAUAUUCAAAUAACUAUUGUCUAAAUUUCUUACAAAGGUUAAAUAUAAUGAUAGAUGUUGCAUCUGCAUUGGAAUAUCUUCAUCAUGGUUCUUCAAUACCUGUGGUUCAUUGCGAUCUAAAGCCUUCCAAUGUCUUGUUGGAUGAAAAUAUGGUGGCACAUGUUAGCGAUUUUGGUAUUGCCAAGCUCAUGGAUGAAGGACAAUCUCAAACUCAUACACAAACUUUGGCUACUAUUGGAUAUCUUGCACCAGAGUAUGGUUCUAGAGGAAUUGUUUCUGUCAAAGGAGAUGUGUACAGCUAUGGAAUUAUGCUAAUGGAAAUCUUUACAAAGAGAAAGCCAAUAGAUGAUAUGUUUGUUGCAGAACUAAGCUUGAAGACAUGGAUCAGUCGAUCAUUGCCUAAUUCCAUUAUGGAGGUCAUGGAUUCAAAUUUAGUCCAAAUAACUGGGGACGAAAUUGAUGAUAUAUUGACUCACAUGUCAUCUAUUUUUAGUUUAGCUCUGAGUUGUUGUGAAGAUUCACCUGAAGCAAGAAUCAAUAUGGCAGAAGUUAUUGCUUCACUAAUCAAAAUCAAGACUUUGGUUGUUGGCGCAAACGCAGUCUAG